AAACAAUAAUUUUUGUCUAAAAAAAGCAUCGCAAAAAAAUAAUGUAUUUUUGAAUUAAUUUAUUAAGUAAUAAGGUGUUAAUACUGCGUUAAAUAGAUAAUUAUAAGGACAAAAAUGAGUAUUCCCCAAGGAGUGAUGUUCCCAACGGGGUCCCUGUAUGUUGGAGAUCUUCAUCCAGAUGUGACAGAGGCAAUGUUAUACGAAAAGUUCACGACAGCUGGACAAGUUCUCUCUCUACGUGUUUGCCGUGACACAAGAACCAAACAGUCCUUAGGCUAUGGAUAUGUCAACUUCAGCCAAACUCAGGACGCAGAAAGAGCUCUGGAUACCAUGAAUUUUGAUCUCCUCAAGGGUAAGCCCAUUCGCAUCAUGUGGUGCCAACGUGAUCCGGCUUUAAGAAAAUCUGGAGUCGGUAAUGUGUUUAUCAAAAAUCUGGAUAAGAACAUUGACAAUAAAGCGAUGUAUGAUACGUUUUCCGCAUUUGGAAAUAUUCUAAGCUGCAAGGUGGCUUUAGAUGAAAACGGUUAUUCCAAAGGUUACGGAUUCGUACACUUUGAAAAUGAAGACGCUGCUAAUAAAGCCAUAGAAAAGGUAAAUGGCAUGCUUUUAAAUAAUAAAAAAGUUUAUGUUGGCAAAUUUAUACCGAGAAUUGAACGUGAAAAGGAACUGGGCGAGCGAGCAAAGCAGUUUACAAAUAUUUAUGUCAAGAAUUUUGGACCUUACAUGUCUGAUGAUAAAUUCUGUGAGAUGUUUAUCAAAUUUGGGGAAAUAACUAGCUGUGUAGUAAUGAGAACAGUGGAUGGAUCUUCAAAGGGUUUCGGUUUUGUAGCCUUUGGAGACGCAAAAUCCGCGGAAAAAGCAGUCGAGGAAUGGAACGGCAAAGAAUUGGAUGGGAACGUGUUAUACGUCGGCAGAGCGCAGAAGAAAACCGAACGCAUUAACGAAUUAAAGAAAAAAUAUGAGCAGUUGCGUUUGGAGCGAUAUAGCCGAUUCCAAGGAGUUAACUUAUACAUUAAGAAUCUGGAUGAUACCUUUGACGAUGAAAAAUUACGCAAAGAGUUUGCAAAUUAUGGAACUAUAACUUCUGCGAAAGUUAUGACUGAGAAUAGCAGAAGUAAAGGUUUUGGUUUCGUUUGCUUCACUUCUCCGGAAGAGGCGACCAAGGCGGUCUCGGAGAUGAAUGGAAGAAUGGUAGGCAGUAAACCUCUAUACGUAGCUCUAGCACAAAGAAAAGAAGAUCGUAGAGCUUUUUUGAACAGCCAAUACAUGCAGCGAGCUCAAGCUUUGAGACAUCAAAACAGCAUCAAUUUCCCGACGACCACUCCACCUUUUCUCAUUCCUGCAGUUGGCCAGGGACCAAGAUUUUUCAAUCACCUGAAUCCUUUAAAUCAUAUCAGACCAGCACCUCGCUGGCCCGCUGCCCCCAACGCAAUCCGUCCUAAUGGUACCUAUAGCCUAUCUCUUCUCAAUUCUCCUUAUAGAGCCACUUCCAGAUCUUCUAUCAACGUGCGCAACACAAUCCACGCCAGACCUAUCACCGGACAACAAACUCCGCCUUCCAGACCCAAUAGUAAGUUUACCAGCUCCACCAACAAUUCCGUACGACCUCUGAACGUGGGAAUUGGCAAUGGAGGCGACAUACCUUUGAACCCUAACGCGCUGGCUGGAGCCGCACCCCAAGAACAAAAGCAAAUAAUCGGUGAGAAAUUAUUUCGAGUUGUAGAGAAAAUGUAUCCUGAUAUUGCUGGAAAAAUCACCGGAAUGCUCCUUGAAAUCGACAAUUCCGAACUUAUCCACAUGAUCGAAAACAAGGAUUCGCUAAGGGCUAAAGUGGAAGAAGCCAUCGCAGUCCUUCAGGCCCACCAGGCGAACACCAAGAAGGGGAUUGUAGUACAAGACUAAUUUUUUAUGUUUUAGUUUUUAUAUCUAUUUAUUGUUGUAUGAUUAAAAGUGUUUAGUUAUUGAAUUUCAAAAUAUUUAUUAUAUUUAAGGUUUUAGGAAACAUAAUG